AUGGUUCGUCCCCGGCUGAGGUAUUUUGGAUGUACUGUGCUGUAUGUAUUAUUUCUCUGCGCUGCUAUUCAAUCGGGAGCAAGCGUGCAAGCAUCCCACCAAACUAUUGCUAUCGUCAAAAACGAUACGAAUCAUUCAUCACGAAGUCUCAUCAAUUCAGAAAGAAUUGCAACCAAUCAUUCAUCCACUUUAUCUUCGAUGAAACUGCAGCCAAAUUUCGUCACAUGGCUAGAGAGAGGUCAUCAAUCCAAAGGAAUCAAUUCAGAAUUCAGAAGCUGGAAGCGAACUCGACAAAAUCUGAGUUUAAAUGCUACCUCAGCAAAGUUGCCAUCACAGUCCAGAAGAGAUACAAAAGAUGUCAAACUUUUACGAAGACAACGUGAUAUUAUGAAUUCACGACAAACUGCUAGACCGAUUGGUUUGUCAGCCGCAGAAGAAGAAGAAUUACUGGAGCGAUUCCGUAUGAUGCUGAUGAGCUCAUCGAUAACGGCAAGCGCAUUGGCAGUGAUUUGUUUGCUGAUUGCGUUACGGAUUGUGUGCUUUGAACGAAUGCACAUCAACAGACGUUUGAUUUUGCUGAAUGAGAAGGUGAAUGCGUUGGAGACGCGAUUGGGUUCAAGGCAACUACCGGAAUCAUUGCAGCUGAAGUUAUGUCAGGUGAUUGGUAUCAGUUAUGAACGCAUCAAAGAGGAACGUCAAAAAGCGGCACAAGAUAUCGCUAACGACGAACGUAUGCUAAUGAAUGAAAUGGUGAAUGAAACGACCGCAUCACUCUAUGACACGAUGAGGGGUAUUGAGGGGAAUGUCUUCGAUCGAAAAGCCGAAAGAAUGAUCGCAGAAGCGGCCGACAAGUAUGAAUUUCUCGGCGAACCAUUAAAUGAAGCGGCAAAAAAGAACGUGCUUUCUUCGGAUAAUGGUUAUGAGUGCUACGGGGGCGGUGUGCAGCAAGUUGAUGCCGAGAAAAAGUCAUCAAAAGAAAGUGUCGAUGAGAAAGCGGGGAAUAAAGUGUCGAAGCAAAAAGUCUCGAAUGUUGUUUUCGACACGAAAAACAGUACUGAAAGAUGUGUAGACAAAAAGAAGACACCGACAGUGUGUGGCAUAAAUGAGACUGUGGGGUUCAAACCAUCUAAAGAGGAUGCGCAAACACACAAUGAUCAAAUACGAGCUCCAACUACGGGUGGAAUUGCGGCAACGAAUGAUCCAAAUUAUGCAACGUUAAAUCGAAUGGACAACGAUCAGGUAUUCAAGGUAAAACGAACACAGACUGAGCAUGAAUUCAGCAAUCAAGCGCCUCUUCCAGAAAUCAAGCAGCCAUUAGUUGGUGGAAUAGCCGAUGAGGGUGAUCCCCAUUAUGAAACACUCCAUGGAAUUGAUAACACUAAAGUAUUUCAAAAAAAGUAG